CUAUGCGCGGCCCUUGUGCUUGUGCUGUGUCCCUGUACAUUGGCCUAUGAUGGCUGCCGUAACCGGGGAUACGUAACUUAUAUUGUAGUGCUCUGGUUAAUUUAAUCGCGUGGUACUAUACGCGGUACCACCGGUACAUUCCGCGUGUUGCUUCUUUAACAGUAAGAAAACUUGAUGGACUCUCAUAUGAGCAAUGACACCUCAGAUCCAGCUAGAGCAUCAUCACGUAUUUAUGUAGGCAAUCUCAAGAAACACAUCGAGCGUGAAGACUUGCAGAAGCUGUUUUCAAAGUACGGUGAAAUACAAGGCAUCUCGCUUCACAAAGGGGGAUUUGGUUUUGUACAGUUUAAGGAAGAAGGGGAAGCUGAAGCUGCCGUCAAAGGUGAAGGUGGUGUCUUCUUUAAAGGCUGUCUGCUGCAAUUAAGGGUCUGUAGCAGCCAAGAUUCUAGGCGGUCAUUUAGAGGAGGAUCCCGGGAACGUGACAGGGAGUACUCUGACCACGAUCGUCGACACGAAUCAGGCAUGCCGAGAGACAGGUCACCGGUGCACCGUGACUAUGAUGAACGGGAAUUUAAACGGGAGGACAGGGCACCCCCUGGCAAGCCAUAUGACCGUUCUCCUCCCCGUCGCGGAGAUGACUACUCAUCUGAUCGACGCUUCGGAAGGGAUGAAGGUCGCCAUGGCAGGGAUGCCCCUCCUUUCCGAGGGGAUGAUUACUCUCGAGGAGGACCACCGGCAGGACCACCUCCUCCACGAGACCGCUAUAGUCGAGAGGACAGGUAUGGUGGUAGAGAUGAACGUGGAUAUGGCCGCGAUGAUCCACAUCGACCGUAUCCUCGCCCUGAAGGAAAUGGUCGCUUUGGCCGGGAUGGCUACUGGGGUGGCAGGGAUGAGUUUGGUGUUCACCAUGGGAGAGAUGAGCCACCAAUGGGCUUUGGAAGAGAUGAGCAGCCUCCACCACGAAGCCGAAUGGACCCUGUACCAGUUCCACCACCAUUCAGACCAGAGGGUGAUCUCCGGAAGCCAAAUGACUGUGAGAUCAUUGUGCUUCACAGGCAGAACAGAAAUUAUGCAGAGAUGGUGGAAAGACGGCUCAAGAACCUUGGCAUGCAAGUGGACCUAUUAUUCUUGAAAGAUCAAGCUUUGCUUAGCCGAGCUCUCGAAGAUUUGACACAGAGAGGCACAUUGUUUGCUGUUGUGGUGACAGACCAACACGAAGUGCAUGGAAGCGUGACAGUCAAUAUUCUCUAUGGAGUUCCUCAAGAGCACCGCAACAUGCCACUGGAUGACUCACUGAAGCUGGUGGCACGCCACUUCCGGGAGCAAGUGGAAGCGCAGCAGGCAGCAGCCGGGGGUCCUGAUCGACUGGGCCCUGACCGGGAAUUGCAGUUCCUGCUCAAAUUGCUGGUGGACUCUAAGUAUCUGAGCAUUCCUGAGCUGGAUCGUAUCAUCAAGUAUCUCACUGAGCGCAGGGACAAGCAACUUAUGCUUGAAAGGGGUGAAUCAGCACAGCAGCAGCCGCGGACAGUUUCUUCAACGGCACCAUCUGCAAAUAUUGAGCCUGAACGUCCGAAGCCACCUGAAGAAGAUAAGCCAACACAGCAAGAACUGCAGCAGCGCAUUCUGAGCAUGAUUGGACAACCAGGCCCUACAAGUCCAACAACCAUUGUGAAGCAGGCACCCUUGCCAACACCUGUGCAGCAGCAGCCACAGCCACCAGCACCAGCUACUGCAGGCGAUGUCCCCGCUUCCACUUACAUUAACUUUGACAACCCGAGCGUGCAGAAGGCUCUUGACAAUUUGAUACACAAUGGUAGCAAUCUGCUGAAGACACUGAGCAGUGCUAAUUCUGGGGCAUCGCCCGCACUUGGCAGUCAGCAGCCCACCAAGCCAUUGUCAGGCUAUGGUUAUGGAGACAGUGAAGCUUAUAGCGGAAAUGCCCCUGGAAUUAACAGUAGCUUUGGUGGUCAUGUGGGGCAGCAGUAUCAACAACAACCAUUGAUGAGAGGCCCAGGUGCUCCCACUGCUAUGCGGCACCCAUUGCUGGGGACCCAGGUUCAAAGACCGAUGAUGUCUGGCAGGCCUGGAAGCGGAGUGCCGCGAUACUGAAAUUUCAGUUUUUUUUUUAUUAUUAAAGCAGUUGCAAAGAAAGCAACUGUUGUAGCUGUGCUCAUUGGUUGCUGGCCUCUUCCCAUUUAGCUUUUUAUUUUCACCAGCUUGUGUAUGUUUGACUCUCUUCUUUUCCUUCUUAGCGAUCAUGUGAAAAUCCUCAUUGAUUGCAUGUUACCAAAAGGCAUUUUAUUAUUGUUCUUCCAGUACAUACAAGCCAUCAUUGAAAGGGUUUCAUCAGUGUUGUCAUUUGUAAAAUAAUGAAAUAAAAUUAGAUUUGGUACAAGUCAUUCAAUCUCACAAGUGCAGGAGUUCGUGGCCUGUGAUGAAUAAAGAAACGGCACAGUUAUA